UGCGGCUGCAUUGGCCUGUUGGAACAGACGGGAGCGUUUAGUUGGUAGCAUAUGCGGAUUGCAGCUUAGCCGCAGGGAUUGUGUAAAACGCUGUCGUCACUGUCCAUGAGUUCCACUUCCAUCCCCAUCAAGCAAAAACAAGCCCUUGUUUUAUUUAUUUAUUUAUUUUUAUUGGCGUUCACUCUCCUUUGCCGUCGUUGCGAAAUUGCAAAUACCUGGGUCGGAAGGCGGGAAAGGGAUCCCCGAAUCCAAGGCUCAGCUUUGUAAAGGCACGAUGAAGCUCCAACAGCUACCAAGGAGUCCUGCAGCGAUGGCCAUGAAAAACGGUCUACUUGUGAGGGCAUUUUCAAACUCUUCUAUGGGCACCCCCAAGCUGAAGCAGUGUGGUAAAGCCUUUAUUUCAGAUUUGCUUGAUAGAAGAUGGGCACUGCUCAGUCCAGAUACUAAAAUUCAUCAAAUAAGAUUAUCAGGUAUUCAAAUACAGCAUGGAGCAGAACCAUUUGUCAACUUUUCCUUUUCAAACAAUACAGCGCCACCUUUAGUUGAUGACUCAAUGGAAAAGAACGACCAAGAUCCAUUCUUUUAUGUUCUUAGGGAUGAUUUAUUGCAUCCCUUGGUGAAUGGUAAUAAAGCAAGGAAACUGGAUACAUUACUUCCGCUUGUUGAAGAUCAUUCAGUCACUGAUGUGGUUACAUGUGGAGGUUGUCAAAGUGCACAUGCAGCAGCUGUUGCUGUUUCUUGUGCAGAGAGAGGAUUAAGGUCACAUUUACUUCUGCGGGGAGAACAGCCUGAAGUUGUGACAGGAUACAAUCUGAUAUCGACAAUGUAUGGAGACACUACAUACAUUCCAAGACAUCUAUACACAAAGAGGGAAGAAAUGCUAAAAGGGCAUGCUGAUUUGGUAGCUGGUAGCAGUGGUUCUGUUGUAUGGCUCAGUGAUAUUCUGAAAACAUCUUUGGUUUCUUGUAGUUCUGAGGAAGGAAGUUUUGUACAAGCAAAUGCUUUCCAAAGGAACUUCACAUUGCUUGAACCUGAAAAGCGCCCAAGAAAGGUUGUUAUUGUUAAUGAAGGUGCAGGGGAUGCCAUUGCACUGCUAGGUAUCAUUCGCCUUGUUGAGUAUCUUUCACAAACUCAUUUAUUUGGAAGAGACCAACCAAUGAAAUUUAUUGUAGAUGCUGGUACUGGUACAACAGCCAUUGGUUUAGGGCUUGGAGCCAUAUGUUUAGGUUUGCCAUGGGAAGUAAUUGCAGUGAUGCUGGCUGAUACUAUUGAAGGCUACAGGAAACAGGAAAAGCGAUUGAUAUCUGAGUUCAAGAUGCUUUGUUCUGUACACCUUGUUGAUCAUCCACUAAAUGAAGUUGAUGGUGGCAUUGUUAAUUGGGUAGAACGCAGUCAUCCAAGAAAUGUUUUUUUCCAGAUUCGGCAAUGUCUUGAAGGGAGAAGUAGAGGCGUGCAGAAGAAUUGCCAAGCAAACUGGUAUUUUAGUGGAUCCCAUCUACACCUUGGCCGCUUGGGAACAUGCAUCACUCCUCUGUCAGGAGGAAACCAAAGGGGGUGCCAAAGUGGUAAUGCUUCACACUGGGGGUACACUUGGCAUGUUUGGAUUGGCACAAAGAUACAAAUCUUACUUCCGGAGACUUGAGGGGCAGUUCCCAUUUCCUAUUGUAUAGAGAAAACCUUAAAUCUCAUUGUAUCACAUAUAAAGUUAUGGCAUGUUGAGUUCAUAUUCUGUCCAUUUAAACACUUGCACCAAUGUCUAUUGUAAUAUAUAAUCUUGGAAUGAAUGGACUUUGUUAUUGGAA